AUGAAGACACUUGGCCUCCUCGGAGGCAUGAGCUGGCAGUCCACGGUCACAUACUACCAAGAGAUCAACCGUCGCAUUCGAGAAGUCAAAGGCGGCCUGCACUCAGCUCCCUUACUAAUGUAUUCCUUCGACUUCGAAGAAAUCGCUGAGCUCCAACACGCUGGAGAAUGGAACAAAGCCGGCGCGCUUCUGAACGAAGCGGCCACACGACUUAUGCUUGCCGGUGCCGACGGCAUUGUGCUAUGCACCAAUACCAUGCAUUUUGUGUCCCAUGGUAUCGAGGGAGAGACGAAACUUCCCCUUCUGCACAUCGCCGAUUUCACGGCGGAGCGCAUAUCGAAAGCCGGAUUCAAAAGAGUUGGCCUCUUGGGUACAAGGUUCACGAUGGAGAAGGACUUUUACAAGACGCGGCUGGCCGAGAAAUUUGGAUUGGAGGUCGUUGUACCAGAUGAACAGAACCGCGAAGCCAUACACAACGUAAUAUAUACCGAACUGGUGAAUGGGAUCAUCAACAACUCGUCGCGGGAGAUCUAUCGACGAGUCAUCGCAAAGCUGGCGACUGCUGGGGCGGAAUGCCUAAUCCUCGGUUGCACUGAGAUAGGGCUCUUGAUUGAUGAGGCGAGCAGUGAGUUACCAAUUUUUGAUACCACGAGAAUCCAUGCUACCGCCGCUGCGGAUUGGGCAAUGGAAAAGAAGACGUAA